CUCUAUUGUCCAUUUGGUAUAUUAAUAGACAACAUUAGGUAACUUAUUGUAGCGGCAUUGCCAGGAUGUGAAGCAUAGGCGGUGCAGACGUUAAUUAUGGACGACGAUAUUGCGGUCGUCGGGAUCGGAUGUCGGUUCCCCGGAGCAGACAACAUUGAUGAAUUUUGGCGGGUGCUUGUUAAUGAAGAGAACCACAUAAUUGAUAUACCGGAAGAACGCUGGAAUAACGCGGCGUUCUAUAGUGAUGACAAAGAUGAACCGGGCAAACAUUACGUGAAAAAAGCUGCUUUUAUAAAUCAUUUUGAUGAAUGGGACAACAAAUUGUUCGGUAUAAGUGAUAACGAGGCUGGGCAAAUGGACCCCCAACAACGUUACGUUUUAGAAUGCACACAUAUGGCAAUGGAGGAUGGUGGGAUAACCAGAAAACAGAUGAACGGAUCAAGCACAGGGGUUUACAUAGGCGCUAUGGGUGCGGACUACAAAACAUUGUUUGAAUUCGACCACACGGAAAGCACAAACUAUACGGCAACUGGGGCAAGUGGCACUAUUUUAUCAUCACGUGUUUCGUAUGUGUACAAUUUGCAAGGUCCCUGUAUGGUUGUAGAUACAGCAUGUUCAUCCUCAAUGAUUGCAAUACAUCUUGGAUGCCAAGCUAUUCGUACAGGUGACUGUGAAAUGGCAAUUUGUGGUGGUGUUAAUAACAUUUUAUCACCCGGGAUAUUCCAAACACUCAGUAGAGCAAAAAUGUUGUCCCCAACAUGCCAGUGUCAAGCAUUUUGCGAUACUGCGGAUGGUUAUGCACGAGGUGAAGGAUGUGGAAUAGUGAUUCUGAAGCCCUAUCUAAAGGCUCUACAAGACAGAAACAAAAUAUGGGGAAUUGUACAAACCGGGACAAACCAGGAUGGCUACACGGCACAACCGAUUACUGCACCAUCAGCAGUUCAACAAGAAAAGCUUUUACACAAGCUCUACAGUCAGUAUAACGUCGAUCCAUCAACACUGCAAUAUUUCGAAUGUCAUGGAACGGGCACACCAGUGGGGGAUCCAACAGAAUUAAAUGCAAUAGGACGUUUUUUGACAACAUUUGUGUCCUCAAAUGAAGACACAAGCCUUCGUACAAGUAAAAGAAUCAGCAAUACAACCUAUACCGGCCGUUCAAAAAUUAAUUAUGAAACUGGAGAAGCUGACGGAAACCAUUAUAAUAAUUUACCCACUGAUUCACUAAGCAAAUCCAAUAGAAAAAUUCUAAUUGGGUCAGUCAAAACCAAUAUUGGGCAUUUAGAGUCAGCUGCUGGUAUUGCUGGACUUAUAAAGACACUUCUCAUGAUGAAAAAUGGUAAGUUCGUUCCGAGUUUACACGUCAAGAAAGACAAAUCAAACAUUAAUCGGAAUAUUGAUUUUGACCGAUACGGAAUUGAAAUUGCAUUAUCACUCGAAGAUUGGUGUCCAAACUCGGAGGGGAAAAGGGUUGCAUGUGUCAACUCAUUUGGUUUUGGUGGUUCAAAUUCUCAUGCUAUUGUUACACAGAAUAACGCUUCGUCUCACGCUGAGUCAGACAAGGAGACCUUUGACAGGUAUAAUGUUAUUUGUGUCACAAGUGCUAGCAAGAAAGCACUGAAACUUACCAUGCAAACUUUAGACGAAGAUUUAUCUGCUGGGAAAUUUAGCUUACAAGACGUAUCAUACACAUCGGUACAUCACCGGGAUCACUACACUUACCGAACAUUACUAUCAGGAAGAAAUAUUGACGAGGUCAGGACAAGCCUAAUACAAAAAAUUGAGUCCAUGAAUAUUGUUGAGAGAAAGAAUAAAUGUAGAAUAAUAUUCGUAUUUUGUGGAGUCGGAACAACCUGGGAAGGAAUGUGCCGAGAAAUGAUGGAAGUAGAGCCUGUCUUCAGAAACACAGUAAUUAAAAUCGACACCAUUUUGACAAAACUUGUAGGCUGGUCAAUCUCAGAACGUUUUCGCACUAUGACAGAUUAUAGCGAUCCUUUGUUAAACCACGUUUCCUUAUUCUGCAUGCAAGUCGCUCUAUUUCAGCUCUGGGGAAGCUUUGGUAUUGUACCUGAUGCAAUAAUAGGUCAGUCCACAGGGGAGGUUUCCGCUGCUUAUGCCUCGGGGAUGUUGACACUAGAAGGCGCUAUCAAAGUGAUUUAUAUCAGGUCCACUGCUUUGGCUUCUAUUAAGAUGGGUAAGAUGAUAGUUGUUUCUAAUUACAAACUUGAAAAGAUUAAACAAUUAUGUGAGAAGUACAAACAUAAUGUUGAAAUUGCAGUAUACAAUAGCCCAAAAUCAUGCACCCUGUCAGGCAGCUCUGAGACUAUUGACAAAAUAACACGAAAUCUUGAAGUCGUCAACGAAAAGGAAAAGUCUUGUAUUCGUAUUAUGGAGCUGUCAUCACCUUGUGGUUAUCACAGUCGCAUUGUUGAGCCAAUUGCAAGUCAUGUCGAGAAACAAUUAUGUGAAAUCGACACAGGGAAGAAUACAAUAGAUCACUAUUCAACCGUUACUGGAUAUAUAUCUACACAUGACGAGUUCAAAACUGGGUUAUAUUGGUCCAACAACAUUCGAAAACCUGUUAAAUUUAUGCAAGCGUUGGAAAACUCAAUUCAAGACGAUGCCAUGAAUGUUUUUGUAGAAAUAGGACCUAGUCCAGUUCUUCACUAUCAUGUCAAUGAUAUUUUUACAUCUAAAGAUGAAGUUAUGUGUAUUCCAUCUAUGGUAAAGAAAAACGAAAGCAAAUGCUUGUAUUCUUCCCUGAGUACUCUUUUUGAGCUAGGAAUCGAAAUUGAUUGGACACAUAUUUGUAGUGACGGAAAUUUAGUACCUGUUCUCCAUUAUAUCCAAAAUAGAAGAAGGCAAUUACACAUUCCUUUAAAACAUCAGGCAAUGUUAAAAGGUUUUGAUACCUUUCCUGAUUCACAUAUGUUCGUUAAAUGUAAUGGAGUUGAAAAAUCAAAGUUUCUGAUAACCUUUGAUCAAAAGUCAACACCUUUCGUUUACGAUCACCUUUUCUCAGGAACAUGCAUUGUUCCUGGUGCUACAUAUAUUGAAGCAGCUAUAGAGAUAGGACAAAGAAUAAUUAAGACAAGUCCAUAUGAACUGAACAUUUCAGCAGAAUUUGUAUGUCCUCUUAAAGCUGAAAUAGGAAGGUCACUAAAAGCAGAUGUCAUCCUAAGAGAACAAAUAGGGCAGACGGGUUUCAGCUACCAAAUCACAACAGAUGGAAAUAUAUUGAGUCGGGGAUAUAUAAAAAAGAACACACAAAAAGGAAUUGAAAAGAUAGAUAUUUCCCCUAUCAAAAGAAGAUGUACAAUAUACAAAACCAGUGAUGAGUGUUAUCAAUAUCUCAAAAGAAUGUAUUUCUCGUAUGGGAAAUCUCUAAGAAUCAUCAAAAGAACUUGGUCUUCGGAAACGGAAUGCUUUGCAGAAUUUGAGUUGCCGACUGAUAUCAUAAAUACACAAAGUAAGCAGAUGAACAUCCACCCUGGCAUCAUUGACGGGAUGUUUCAAAUGGUUGUGGUCAUACACCACCGGGCAAUAGAAAAUUAUCAUGGGGACUCCCCGCCAUUUUUCCCUAAGGAAGUCGCUUCAUUUAUUUUGAAGAGACCUGUAACAAGUCGAGUAUUUGCCUACGCUCGUUUGAUGGAAAAAUUACAAACAGGACACACAUAUAACUUUCUUUUAGUUUGUCCGGAUGGUAACGUCAUUGCUGAGAUUCAAGAUUUCUUCUGCAGAUCAAUGGAUAAACCAGAAAUUAAAUCAACUCAAAGUAGAUGUCUUAGGAUUGAAUGGUGCAAAUUAAAUCUAGAUAACACAAGUGAUUUAGAUAAACCAACUAACACUAAAGACCAUUGUUACGUAAUUGGGUCCAAUCGAUUCAUCAAAAACUUCAAAAAGACGGAGGAUAAUGUGAAUACAUUAGAUCUUUCGUGGAAGCUAAAUAUUACGGUUUGCAAUGACAUUUUACCAGGAAUUUUAAAGGCGACCGCCGUUGUUUUUGCACCUUUUCAACAUGUUAAAGACUAUGAUUCUGAUAGUUUGAUACUAUUUGAUAUAUCAAGACAUGCAAUGCUAUCGUUAUCUCAAAUAAUAAAACUUAUGAGUGAAAACGACUGCAAAUGCCCGCUUUACAUAGUAACAGAAAAUGUUAUCAGUGACCAAAAGGAAAAUAGUUCAACUAGAAAUGUGCUUGGAGCUGAGCUCUGGGGAAUGGCACGAUCGGCUGUAAGCGAAAAGGCUUAUAUAGAUAUUCGUCUCGUAGAUAUGAGCGUUACAGGUGAAAAUAUCAUUGCUCUGAGGAGAAUAAUGGAAAAGCAUACAGGAAACAACAAUGAAUAUAUGAUAGAUCGGGGAAAUGUGUACAUAUGUGAGGUUUUGGAUUUGCCAUUAGACGAAAGGACAAGCGCAAGGAGAGAGAUUUCUUACCACUUUCAAUACUUUCAAGGCAUUGUAAAGCUUAAGUCGGAAGAUUGGAAUUGCUUAAAAAAUCCAUGGUAUGAAAUUGACUUUGACAAAGAUGAUUUUCAAAGAAACACAAAACAAAGGUGUCAUGUAAAAGUUCGCCUGAAAGCAUUUUCACUACAUAACUCUGCCUUUUACCCGAUAUGCUCUGUUGACGAUACCAGCGCCACUGAUGUCUGGGCAAAUACAAAUAAAGGGUUUCAAACAACAUGUCUUGAAUGUGUUGGUUUAAUAACACAUGAAGAGGAAAACGGCCAGUUCAAAUCCUCUGACGAAGUGGUGGUUUGCUGUCCUGUAGACGUCAAAUCAUAUGUAUAUGUACCAAAGGAAUUUAUACUUGGCAUUGAAAAGCUUAACAUGUAUGUACCGGGAUUGCUUACGGAGGCAGUUGUCAUAUGGAAUGUACUUAAAAAGACAAAGUAUAAUGACGAUGUGACUUUUAUUAUUGAUGGAGAAAAGUACGCUUGGAAGGCACUCCUAAUGCACAUUUUUGCAAUUAUUAAAGGAACAAACCUCAUCAUUAAACAGACAGACUAUCUGAAUUCAUCUGAAAAGAAUGGAACUUCCACAUCGCAGGUUAUUGUUUUACUUUCAACCGUUGUACAACAGCAUGUUGAAAGGAUUCCAAAACAUUUUCCUAAGUUGAAGCAAAUCAUCAGUUUGAACAAUAGUCUACCUAGGUCUGUAAAACUGUGGAUAGAGAAACAUAUUCUUGAAUGCCCUAUUGACGUUCUAAAAUUGGAAGAUUUUUUUCAUUCUCAAGCUCUUAAGGAGUCAUUACCAAACAUUUUCAACAUUUUACAGUCCUUCAAAAUGUGUACAAGCGCCACAUUGAACUCAAACAUUUCAAAUGAUGUCGAUAGAGAACAAAAUGAAAAUUUGUUGACACUGCCACAUGAGUCAAUGCAGUUAAGUAGUUUUCACAAUAGUACCCAGUCUGUGAAUCCAAUUCCACUGAAAGUUUUUCAGUCUGACAUAGUUAUGAAAAACGCAUGUUAUGUUGUAGUAGGGGGAAAUACUGGACUAGGAUUGGAAAUAACAAAUCAUUUAGCAGAACUAGGUGCAGGAUAUAUUGCAACGUUUUCUCGGCGACCUCCUUCAGACGAGACAAGGAUUCAUAUUAAAAGCGUUGAGGCCAAACACAACAACAAAAUUAUUCCAGUUCAAUGCGAUGUUACAGAUGUUCAGUCUGUUUAUCAAGCAUUUGAAUAUCUUCAAAAAGCAGUUGAUAAUGUUCCUAUCAAAGGUGUUUUUCAAGGAGCAGGCAUACGAUGUGAUGUAUUGCUAAAACAUAUGUCAGAAAAAGACAUGAACAAAACUUUAGCACCUAAAAUUCUUGGUACAUGGAACUUACACUUUGCCACAUUACAAAUGCCUCUGGAUUUUUUUGUCAUGCAGUCUUCGAUUGUAUCCAUCAUUGGAAAUCAAGGACAAUGCAGUUAUGCUGCUGGAAACUCAUUUAUGGAUUCCUUUGCCAGAUACAGAAGAAGUCUUGGAUUAUGUGGACAGAGUAUAAACUGGAGUGCGUUGUCAGUUGGAAUGGCAUCAUACGACAAAAAUCUCCAAUUAUAUUUAGAAAACAAGGGAGUCUAUUGCUUAAGUAAAACAGAAAUUAAGACAUGCUUUCUACAGGCUUUGGUGGAAAAUCCAGUACAAAUCAUAUUCGGGAGAAUAGACUGGAAAAGACUUUUGAAGGACCCUGAUUCAAAUAUGAUUUCUCAAAAGUAUGCAAGGAUCAUGGAACAAAAUAGUCCCGAAACUGCUAAUGUUUCUGAGAGUAAGCGAAAUAUCCUCAACACUUGGACGGAUUUAGACCCAAAGCAUAAGCUUGAUGCAUUACUAGACCUCGUUAAGACAAAAGUAGCAAACACUUUUGUAAUAGAAUAUAGUUCACUUAAGCAAGACACUCUAUUUGCUUCGCUCGGAAUCGAUUCUAUGAUUGUGAUGAGUUUUGCAAAUUCUAUUUUUGAUGCUACCGGAGUGAAAGUUUCAACCGGAAACAUGUAUGCUGCUUCUGCUACCAUUGGAACCAUUACUGAGUAUAUUAUGCAUCACAUUGAAAACAUUUCAAGAGAAUCUGACAAAAGUGGACACAAAAAUGUAUCUGCUCAUGAAAAUGAAGAAACGUUUUUUGAUGGUAGUAUAACCUUUAUGAAACAAAGUAUUCUAGAUGAUACUGAUAAGGACCCUAAGAGUCCAGAUUUGUUACGCCAGGUGGCUUGGGAAUAUAAGGAAGAUACGUUUUUAGUUUGUCGUUUCAAACAUGCCUUGGCGCAAGUUCUGAGAAAGAAUUCAGAUCUCCGCCGGAUCUACAGGAAACAAAGUAAUGGUUCAUAUAACAGCAUUGUUCAAAAGAUAGAAGAAAUUGAUGUUGAUGUAAAAGAAAUAGAUUAUGAUAGUGAAGAAUUUACAAAAGAUUGCAGAGAUAAAAUGUAUAUAGAUAUAACUCGUGAAAUACCUGUUGUUUUGAAGGUUGCACAUAAGCAAGGAAGAACCCGUGUAAUUAUGUUUUUACAUGGCGUUGUGGCCGAUCUCCCUGGAAUUAUGACAAUUGUUAAAGAGAUAUCACAGUUCCUUAGUUCUUCCUACGAAAACACAUACGAUGUCGAUUCAACUUUUGAGCCAGCCGAAAUAGUUCGAACCAUUCUUAAACCUCGCAUGAAUGAUUUAAAGAAAUACUGGAGAAAUCUUUUGUCUGAAGAUAUACAACCAUUUUCACUUGGAGACAUAAGAUUAAUAUUAGAUCGGAAUAAAUGGAAAAAUAUAUCAAACGAUUUGCUAUCUGACUUGGUUAGUGGCAUCACAGAUUACAUUCAUGCUGAAAAUGUUACCUUGUACAAUUUUGUAACAUCUGUUUACUUCUAUCUGCUGAAUGAAAUCGUCGGUAAUGAUAUUAUACCGCUCAUCACAAACGCUGAUAUGAGAAUUCAUAUGCCACAACUACGUGCAGGAGUAACUAGAUGUGUCAAUGAAAUACCUGUUAUAGGUGAUCUCAGGAGGAACAAGACGACGGUGAGGAACUACGUCAAGUUAAGUGCAGCUAACUUUAAUGAAAUGACAGAACACAGCGCCUACCCUUAUCAACUUAUCGAAAAAGAAUUCCAGUCAGAAGAUUUAAGGCGACAUAUCUGGAGACAUAGACUUAUUAUGAACGACAUGACCGCCAUGAAUAAGGUGACCCAAAACUAUGGCCUGAACGAGAAAGACGUGCAUUUCUUUUACAAAAGACAUUCAUAUGAGACAGCAUUAUCGGUUGUUUACGAUAUGAACGAAAAGAUUAUUUCGCUGCAGUUUGGAUAUAAUUCUGGUGUGCUCAGCGACAAUUUUGCAGCUCAUUUGUCAGGGCGUCUUAUAACCUUAUUGAAACUGUUCAUAGAGAACCCGGACAUGUCAUUACAGGAAGUCCGGAGGAAAAACCCUUGUUCAUUUGAAAAUGUUCGUUAGCCAUUAAAAGAUAAAGAUACAGCCCUAAACUGUACAGAGCGACAGACACAACACAACGAGUGAGACUGGGACAUAACAUACCUAAAUAUUUAAAGACCUUUUCACAUAAUAUACAAAUGUAUAUUGUACUCUUCUACAUAAUCCCAGCAGUUCCAUAUUGUUGUCCAUUUGUAUUGACACUUGCUUUAAAAUUAAAACAUGAGGCUGUCUUUGUUCCAUGUACAACGACUUACUUAUCUCAUUUGUUAGAAGAGAUUCGCUAAAGCUUUCGGAUUUUGUAUAUACAUGUUUUUGUAUAUAUUACUUAGACUGAAAUACCAACUUUGCGUGUGUGAAUAUGUAAAUAAACCACAAUCGCCUUUUGUCUUAUGAAAUAGUUGCACAAUAUGAUUAUUAAUAUGGCAAAGUAUGUUGUAUUUAUCUAGAUAUAUAUAAUUAGAAUUUAUUUUUAUUAUGUUUUCUUUCAUUUUAAAUCAUACAUGAAAGUGAUUUACACAUUGUAGAAACAAGUAAAUAUUUUGAUCAACUCAUUAUUUUUUUAUAUGAGUAUGAAUGUUGUCCAAUGCUUCUUGUUCUGUAAGAUCAUUGUUUGCAACACCUAUGACUAGUGUUUGAAUGGGAGGUAGUGAAACAUGUGACCAUUUUAUUUAUUUAUUUAAUUCGCAUCUGCAAUUUUCAACUAUUGGUUAACAUUUUCAUCACCUUUCUAGCACUUUGUUUACUCCAUUUAUAAUUUAUUUACUUCGGCAAUCAUUACUUUUUUCACAUUUUGUUUACCCUUUUUUCAUGUUCACAAAACAAUAUUCAUGAAAUAUUGUUAAAGUAUAGUUAUCAAUAUUUCAUAUUUGUUGUAAAGUGACAUUAUGUCCAUCCAAUGGUUAAUAGUGACUGAACAGGUGAAAGAUAACAUUAGUUUUCAUUUGCCAUAAUUCCUUUCAAUUUGAUUUUAGUAUUUUUUUACAUAAACAAUAAAUAACUCACGUGGCCGAAGGAAAUUUCUGAAAGUGUCCAUUGGAAUUUAACUUCAGCGUUCAGUUUAUAAAAAAAGGUGGGACAAUCUUUAGACAGAUUUAUAUUUUAUCAUAAUCAUAUUCCGUCACUCACCAUUUUUGACAGUCAAUCUUUUGUAAUAUAUAGUCAAUUCAGCUCCACUUGACAAUGAAAA